AUGGCCGAGCACAACGCCGACGACGCCUCUGGACGUGAUGUGCUGGCGCUGGGCGUGCGCGGAUACAGCUGCCAGGUAUUUGACGACCCGGAGACAGCGUGGAAGCUGCACAAGGAGUCGCACCUCAUUGCGUGGCGAGGAGAGAGCGACGGCGACCUGCGCGUGGAUCGCUUCGACGCUCGGAAUCUGCUGGAGGACCGGAGUCUGUUCCGCCAACUGAAGAAGAGGAAGCGACGGGUGUCGGAGGACCCGGAUUCGGAGGCAAAGGGAACAACCUCAGUCGAAGGACAAGAAUCAGCGGAAACGGAGCAGCAGAAGCUGCAUCGCCUGCGCUUUGGGGACUACAGCGUCGAGUUCCCGCCAUCGGAAGAGGCAAUUGCGGCGGAGAACAAAUUUCCGUACCAAUACACAGAAGAUGGUAGUGACCAGGAAAGCGAUGGCGACGCAUUUGAACCAGAGUGUACUGUGCCAGAAGAAAUCGCAUUGCCCAAGACCAAGAAGAGGCAUGCCAUCAUUGAAGCUACUGCCAACAAGGUUCGGGGCAAUCCUCAGCUGGAAGUGAUGCUGAAGGUACGUGCCUGUCAGUUGCUCUGUGUGUCGUGGAAGCUAUCGACUACGGGAUGA